AUGAGACCUCCCUGGGAGCUGAAAGAGGGUCUUUCCCAGCGGCUGCGUGGGAAGCUUGAAUCUGCAGCCAUCGUCGCCCUCGAAAUCGCCAGAUCACCUCAGGACCAUCUUAAUCGUGGCUGGGCAGCCUCGCGCGCAUAUUUCUUUUCGGUCAUUUUCAUCUCCCUCGUGCUUUCCAAGGCUUUCCAUAUCUACGCCCAUCUCAAUGCGCUGUCGGUCCUGUCCCUUCUCGCCUGGGGUCCCACCUUCUUUUUGCUGGAUAUCCUGCUCAUUCUGGGCGCGCGCAGUCUCGCCCGAUCGUACGAAUGGCGAACGACUCGGGAUAUAGCAGCCGUAUUCACUGCGCUAUUCAGUCUAUAUGCCUCGUCAAUGAUUUCCGCCAACAUCUCCUUUUAUAUCCACAAGGGCAUGGAGAUCCACUGGCGCAUAUCGAGUGGCUUCCACAAGGACAAGCCCGCCGCCACGCUUGUUUUGUCAGCCCUGUUCGUCGCUAUCCUGCUCGAGACGUCGAUUUUGGUAGGCGCAUUCUACGCCACACCGUAUCUAUCCCGGGUCACUGCAGCCUUCCUGAGGGUCUGGGCUGCAGUAAUUUCCGCGACCUAUCGCUACUUCCGUCCGAAUAAGCAAGCUCUGCCACACCCAGAUACCUAUGAAGAAAUCGCAAUCGAUGAUUAUGAACUCGGUGAUGACAGCGACUCCUUAUCGUUGCUAGAUGCGCCCCGAGACCCGCCUGUACGGAAGAGUCAGGCAUUGCUCAAGCCCGCUAUUGUCGUAUCGUGCAGCGCAAUUCUACUUUUCCUCCGUGUCGUUCGUCCCCACGAUAUGACUUACAGUUUCCUCUCCGCAUCUCUGCCUCUCGCACCUUUUGGCGGCCUCAGGUUCGGGUCCUCUCAACGAGGUGUGGUGUCGUUACCGGGCGAUUUCCGCUGGCUAGAAGACAAAAAUACUCUGGACUCCUUCCCGACAUUCGAUUGGUUACAUACGGGUGAUGCAGCGACUGCCUUCCCGGACUGGUCUCCCUUCCGCAUAAGUCACUUCAACAAUACCGCACCUAACGAGUAUUUGUACGAACACUACAACCCGUUGAAAGAUCCGCUACACUUUCCCAAUCUCCAGAACGAAAUUCUGGAGCCUAUACGUGACGUGCUUCACAGCGGAGACGUCAAGAUCAAACAUAUUAUUCUCAUCAAAUUAGAAAGCAAUCGGCAGGACGUCUUUCCCUUCCGCUCCGACUCUUACAUCAUGGAGCACCUGAAAAAGUCUUGGGAUGGAAAUGUCCCUGAGGAAGUUAUGGAUAAACUCUCCAAUCUCACCCCUAUCGCCCAAAUGUUCACCGGAUUUGAGACUGGUUUCAAAGAGAAUAAGGAUCGUCCAAAGCCCUAUGGUGGCCUCAGCGCGAAAAAUGCUUAUACAUCCGGUACAUACACCAUGAAAAGUAUUACAGGCACUAUGUGCGGUGUGAGCCCUAUGCCUGUCCAAGGUAAUCUUGAGUACCUGCAUGAUAUUUAUCAGCCUUGCCUACCGCACAUAUUCCACGCUUUGAGCCAACAAUCAAAUAUCACUAGUGAUACUGAGGAUUGGACCUCCUGGCCGUGGCAUUCUAAGUGGAUGCAGUCCCAUUAUGGUACCUGGGACCACCAGGAGGAUCUUACUCCUGUCAUGGGAUUCAAAGAUAUCACAACCAAAGAAUCAAUCAAUGAAGCCGGCGCUAUAUACAUACCAGAGGAGCCAGAGGAAGAGCAGAAAUAUGGUCACCCGGAUCAUACACUAAAGAACUAUAUGCGGGACGCAUUUGCCGAAGCUAAGAAGAAUAAUACUCGCCUCUUUAUCGGUCACCUAACUCACAAUACCCAUACUCCUUGGUUUAAGCCUGGUGAAUACGAGAAAUUCUUCGGGAAUGGCAUUGGAUGGAACGAUAACUUGAACCGGUACCUCAAUACUAUCAAGUAUCAGGACAACUGGCUAGCCUCUAUCCUUGAGAUUCUCGAAGAGGCUGGGGUCGGUGAUGAAACCCUGCUUGUCAUGGCAGGAGACCACGGUUUAUCUCUUCCAAAUGAUGGUGGUAUAACGGCCAACCAUGACCCCCACGUCGGCAGUUUCCACGUUCCCCUACUCCUCGCCCAUCCUAAGCUACCCCCGAUCGAAAUCAGUGGCGCCGUCCUUUCGACUCAAAUGCUCCCCAGUAUCCUCGAUAUUCUAAUCGAAACCUCCAAUAUCAACGAACAGUCGGCACAUAUACUGAAGGACCUGCUUCCUAUAUACGAAGGCCAGUCGUUGCUACGCCCACUUAUAUCCGAGCAGGAUAAGAAGUCAGAAUGGCACUUCUCCACGAUGAACCCUGGAGGAACGUGGGUCUCUAUGCGAGCAGCCGGGAAACCGUACCGUCUUGUCGUGCCGCUUAUCCCCGAUGCCCCGUGGCGAUUCACCAAUGUCGUCGCCGACCCACUCGAGUUCAGUCCCGAGGAAGACACCGACAUCGUGUCCUUGUUUGAUGCCGUCCAGACACGGCACGGGCCCGAAGCCGCGAGGUGGCUUAGCGAGGCCGCCCAUGUGUCGCAGUGGUGGAUUGCAGAUAACUUCCGACGCUGGAAGUAUAGUCCCGAUGAACCGAAAACAUCUUGA